UACAGCUCCAGCAGAGUCCCAGGCUGCGCUGGGUCUGAGGGAAGAAGAGAUGCAGAAAUGUGUAAUUUAAUGUAAUUUUAUCAGCGCGAGGAGGAGAGGAUGACUCCUCUUACAGGAUUUAUUUUAUUUCUGCUGGUUUAUUUUCUCCGGGCUGUGUCUGCAGAUAAACACUCUCUGUUAUAUCUCUACACCAUUCAGUCUAAAAACUACGACUGCACUGCUGUAACUCUGCUGAACGACAGACAGAUAGAUUUCUACAACAGCAGCUCAGAUAAACCCAGAACUGCUAAACAGAACUGGCUGAAGAACAUUUCAGAAUCUGACUGGAAAUACAGCAAUGAGAAACUGCAGUAUGAUACACAACUGGUAAAUAAACUCCUCGACACACAGAUCAAUGAGUUCAGAAACUCUCACUCAGACGGUCAUGUUCUUCAGUGGAGGCACGGCUGUGAGGGUGAACAGAGUUCUGAUGGAUCUCUGACUGUAUUAAACAGUAUUAAUGAAUUCGGUUAUGAUGGAGAAGAUCUGAUUCAGUUUAACUGCACCUCUAAAACCUGGAUAACCCCAGAGAAGAACAGAGAGAGGGAGGAGGAGAAGAACAGAGAGAGGGAGGAGAAGAAGCACAGAGAGAGGGAGGAGGAGAAGAACAGAGAGAGGGAGGAGAAGAAGAACAGAGAGAGGGAGGAGGAGAAGAACAGAGAGAGGGAGGAGAAGUGGAGUAGAAUAUUUAAUGCUGUAAAGAAAUGUCUGCAUUGUGAGGAGAUGCUGAAGAUUUAUUUACAGUACAAAACUACUGACAUCACACCGAGUAACACGCCACCUGUUGUUCAUAUAUUUGCAAAGAAAUCUGUAAGAGACUCGAGAAAGCUGAUAUUGACCUGCCUGAUCACGGGAUUCUACCCCAAAGACGUGAAGAUGAGUCUGAGGAAGUUCACCACUUCACUUCCUGAUCAUCUGAUCACAUCUUCUGGAAUCAGACCCAAUGAUGAUGAAACCUACCAGCUGAGGAAGAGUGUGGAGAUACAGGAAGAUGAUCCAGCAGAUUAUGACUGUUACGUGACUCAUAGCUCCCUCACAGAACCAGUGAUUAAACAAUGGGAUGGAAGAUGCACAGACUGCCCAGACAACGUUUCUCAUGAUUUAUUUAUUAGAGUUGUUGUCUCAGGGUUGGUGGUGCUCCUGUGGUCUGUGAUGCUCUGUUUUCUGAUUGUAAAAAAGCGUGCGAGAAGAAGAGAAACAGAUCUACACAAAGUAUAUGAACAAAUCUCUCUUUCAGAUGGAAUAUGCACUAAUUUCCCAGACAAUGUCUAUCUGCGUUUAAUAAUUGGAGUUUCGGUCUCGGGGGUUUUGGCAGCGCUUGUUUUUUUGAUGCUCUGUGUUCUGGUGGUGAUAAUAAACAUUGCAAGAUGUCCUGACUGCACAGACCACAUCUCUCAGGGUUUAAUGAUUGGAGGUGUGGUUUCAGGGAUGUUGGUGCUCCUGUGUGCUGUGAUCCUCCAUGUGCUAAUAAAGAGAAUAAUAAUGUAUGAAAGAUGGACUGACUUGCUUUAUAACAUCUACUGGGAUUUCAUAAUUGGAGUUGUGGUGCUUGUGCUGAUCCUGUAUUCUGUGACCCUUUGUGUUCUUAUAUGGAGAAUAAUAAAGUAUGGAAUUAGGACUGACUGCCUUAACAACAUCUAUUGGGGUUUAAUAAUUGGAGUUGUGGUGCUUGCGCUGAUCCUGUAUUCUGUGAUACUCUGUAUUCUGAUGAUAAUACUGAAGAGGGACAGUAUUAAACCACUUCCUCAAUGUAAAGCUGAAGGUCCUGCUACCAACCCACCUAAAGGUCCUGCUACCCAUCUACCUGAAGGUCCCGCUACCCAUCUACCUGAAGGUCCAUCUACCCAUCUACCUGAAGGUCCUGCUACCCAUCUACCUGAAGGUCCUGCUACCCAUCUACCUGAAGGUCCCGCUACCCAUCUACCUGAAGGUCCUGCUACCCAUCUACCUGAAGGUCCUGCUACCCAUCUACCUGAAGGUCCCGCUACCCAUCUACCUGAAAGUCCUGCCAUCUACCUGAAGAUCCUACUGCCAAUAAACAGCCAUCCAAUGGAUAAGAUGUACUAUUAACCAUAAAGUCCACACUGUGGUUAACUCUUAAGCCAGGCGGACACUGUGCGAUUUUAGCCCGAUUUUAAGCCCGAUCUGGUCGGAUGCGACUGAAUUUCAUGAUCGGGCCGAAUUUUAGCUUGAUCGUGCGUCGUUUGUCGUGCAGUGUGAGAGGGGAAGCGAUGUCCGAUUAAUUGCCCAUACGAGCUGCGAAUGGGCAGUCGGACGCGACCAGGGAUUUCUGACAUGCCAGAAAUUUUGGUCGCUUGUCUCACAGUGUGAGCUGUUUUGCGGGCCGAUUUCUUAACGUCACGACCUGUUUUCCCAAAAAUCUGCACAGUAACUAUAAAUUAUUAUUAGUCAUAUUUAUUUCUGUCAGUUAUAAUGAUUUAUAUUUAUGUUCAGUACACAGACUUAUAGCUUAAUAUAGCAGACACAGGCAUUCUGCUGUUUAAGAAUUUCAACAGAUGCUUAUUCUCAGUCAAUAGCUGGAGUUUUUGAAAAGAAAAAUUAAAAGAGAAAAUAACUUUGACAAACAUAAAUUUAUUUUAUUUCACUGUUAUAUCUGAAAAUAAAGCACAUUGUCAGCGUCUGGUGCUGCCCGUCAAUUAUAUAAAACUUAAAACAUGCACAGAAAUAUAAAGCUAUAUUUUAUAAUUCGUUUCUUUUCACUAGGGCAAAUUUAUUAAAAUUAUAAAAAUAUAAAUUUAUUAAUUAAAAUCUCGUCCAGUGCUCCAGAAUAUUAGCGACGCAAAGCCAGCUUAGCGCAGCGCGUGGCAUUGCGCGCGGCAUUGCGCGCAGAAUAACCUCUGUCUUCUAAAAUAAACGUUUUAAUAAAUAAGGUCGGAGAAGUGCUAUUAAACUUACUAAAGCUAAUAAAUGUACUGAUAAUUAAUCAAGAUAAAUCGGACAAAAUGCGCUGCGCCUCUCUCUCACUCUCUUUCGCAGCGCGGAGCUGAAUUCAGCGCGAGGCUACAGAUAAUAUAAAAGUUCAGUUGAAUAAAAAUAAGUAAGGGCCUGUAAGUACAAGCAAAGGAUCUGUAAGUAAAUAUUGUCAAAUAUAAAGAAUAGUUUGAGGUUUUGGUGAGCUGUUUUUAUGAUUUGAAACUGAAACUAACUGAAACUUUGAAUAUUCUGCAGAAAGCCUGGGUUAUUUUAAACGAAUUUUUAAUGAGUUUAUAUUUUAUAUUUUUUAUUUAUUCAUUUUAACUAUUUUUCUUCUUUUAUUAAUCAAAUCAUUAAAUAUAUAU